AACAUAACCCUACAAAAUUGACUGUGAAUGUGACACUUGUUCACAAUAAUACAUUUAUGGAUUGUUAUUCUAUGCAUCUUACAUUUUUGUUCUGUGUAUGCACUACUUACCAAAACAAAUUGCACAAAUAUGCCAUCAAAAAAGAAAAAAUAUAAUGCUCGAUUUCCAGCAGGACGCAUUAAAAAAAUUAUGCAAACUGAUGAAGAAGUAGGGAAAGUGGCUCAAGCUGUACCUGUAAUCAUCUCUAAGGCACUGGAGAUGUUUAUCGAAUCCCUUUUGAAAAAAUCUAUGGACAUCACACAAAGUAGAAAUGCCAAAACUCUUACACCGUCUCAUAUGAAGCAGUGUAUAUUAUCAGAAAGCCGGUUCGACUUUUUAAAAGACUUGGUAAAAAGUGUUCCUGAUGCGAGUAUUCAAGAAGAUAAUGAAAAUAAUGCACUUGCCGAAUCUAAUAUUAAUUUUGGAGUUAUUCCAGAAGAAUCCAGACAUUUAGAACUAGAACUGGUCCCCGAUAGUGUUGCAACCACAUCAGCUGCCAGUUAUACAGAGCAAAGUACCCCAUCCACACACAAUAGACCCCCUGUAAUCGCAUAUGGAUCCAAGGCAAAGGAAGAUAUUGUAAAGUACAAUUUUGCUGUAAAUAGUUCAAUUAGCGCAAAUGUUGAACAACCUCAACUACAUGUUAAUGUAGCAUCCCAUUCCAUUGAGCAUAACGAAUCUUCGUCAUUAAUUUCAUCUAUAUCUCAAAGCUUAAGUAGUUUGAAUAAUACAGAUGAUGGUCUCUGUAUUGAUGAAGAUUAUGACAACUCAGAUGUGUGACAAUGAAGAAUAUUAUGUUACUAUGUAUUAUUUAAUUUAGUAUUUUUUUUUUUUGUUAAAUUCCUCAUAUUUUCAUAAUGUAUCAAUUUUUUCUCUGACUUUUAAAAUAAAAACAAAUUUCAAAAUGUG